AUGAUAAAAGGUUCGCGAAAUGCGACCAUCGUCCCGCAUGGCAAGCAUCUGCAUAUUGAGCCAACGGCCAUCACAUUUGAUGACAUAGAGGCCAACAUGAAGUAUAUCCAAACUCUGGUGGUGAGAAAUCUCAGCACGUAUGCCAAGCGCAUCCGCUGUGAAGUUCCCAAGUCAGCCGAGUUCAGAGUAGUCACCGAGAACGAGAUAGGCAUCGCGCCUGGUCUCUCGGUGUCCAUAGACGUGGAGUUCCUGACAAGGAAGCCUUAUGACUACGUUGACAAACUCGUCAUCACCGCCGAGGACUUUCGCUACGAGGUGGAGCUAUGUGCCAAAGCUCCGUGCGCCGCGAUCACGUUUGACACGGUGGUCGAUUUCGGCGCGAUAGUCACAAGAAGAAUUCAUCAGCGAGAAGUUAUCCUGCGCAACGAAGGCUCGAGAGCAGCGACGUUUGACUUCAUCUCGCCUUCUAGAUCUUUGAAGCCCAACCCGCCCUCUGGGAAGAUCGGCCCCGCGGGCAGCUCGGAAGAUGUGAAGCGGGUGAAGCUCGAGCUGACCCAAGAGACGCCGGGUACAAUUCACGAGCUGGUUCAGCUCAAUCUGCAUGGGCUCAGCUCGCUGGUGCCCGCGAACAGGACUGUGGAUGUGCAUGCCCAGUGCGUCGACCAGACGCUGCAGGUGUACAAAGAUGGACAGGUCAUAAGCAGCCUGGAUUUCGGGAGCUUGUACCAUGGCCUGACAAAGACCCUGCGCGUGGAGCUCGUGAACGACGGGCCGACCUCCUGCGGCUUCAGCGCUUCGGUUCUUGAGGCGCACGAGGGGGAUGGCAUGGCAGCCACUGCGGGCGCCCUGCCGGGCGCCUCUUCCCCUUCAGAGACGGUGGAGAAGGCGCAGCAGCCUCUCAGCGUCACGCCUUUUGCGGGGACGGUGCCUGCCUUCGGCAGCGUCCCUCUGGAAUUUACCUUCGCGCCCACCGUGUUUAAGGAGCCCCAGGGCUUCCUCUGCAACCGAUCGCCUGAACGUCACUCCGCGCGACACGAGUUUGCCGGAAAGAUCGAAAGCGAGGAGCUCAACUUGGCUUUGCCUUUGAAGCUCCUGGGUACGGCGGUGCUGCCGGCCCUGAAGGUCUCCCCCGACAUGCUGCAGUUCGGGCAGUGCCCCGUGAACCACAGGCGCGACAUCGUCCUGCGGAUCAGCAACGCUGCGCAGAACAUGCCCUUAGACUUCGAGAUCCCUCGAGUACCACACAUGAGCAUUCAACCCAUGAGGGGUAAGCUGGCCCCCCUCCAGAACACGAACGUGGUGGUCUCUUUCACGCCGAAGGCUCUCGGCAAGUUCGCACAGGAUCUCAUCAUCAAGUACUGUUCAAGCCUCUACUCCCAUACGAUGAGGUGCGUGGGCGAGGCCCCCGUUCUGGGAGAGAAGGCCGUGCCGGUGAAGGGCCUGGAGCGGACGGGCCGCGACUUUGACCCCGAGCACAUCUACGUGAACCAGGACCAGCUGAACCUCCCGCCGCGGACGCGCAAUCUUCAGUCCCUCACGAAGAUCAUGAAGGAGGAUUUGGAGAGGAACCAGAACUCCUCCGACGCACUGGACUCCAUCAUGCUCGACCUGCCCGAACCGACUCCCUACUCGCUCUCGCCGUCGGCAAUGCAGGAACAUGUUCGGAACAAGCAGCGGUACAACAAGAUGCUGAAGGAGUCGAGGUUGCGACGGAAGGCUCGUCUGCAAGAAGAGCAACACCCCACGGAGCCGAUUGACAUUUUCUACGAGGACGAUGUCAACAUGGGGAUGAUGCCCGGGUCAGGCCUCAAAAGUCCCCGAUACAACGUCGAUGACAUCCCGGUCGACAGAUUACAUCUGGAGCGUGCGCUGGACGACGACAGUGCAGCGCGUGGAGUAACUGGUCACCGAUACAUGCACGACGAGAACAAGCUCAUCAAGAAGAAGUACAAGGCCGGGCCAACCACCCAGGCCGAGGUGCGGGAGUGCUCCGCCAGCCUGGAGAACUGGCAGCUGGGUCUGAUCUCGGUGGGCCCUGGAGUCUUAGAUUUUGGGAAUGUCUACGUGAAAUCUACCGUCGUGAAGUCCUUCUCGGUCUUCAACGACCUUCCCCAGGCAAUCCUGGUAGCCAUGCAGUAUGACGCCGAAGAGCUUAGCCGCUCUACACCGACAUCACAGGUCGUUCCCUCAGCCCAUGCGGCCGGCUUCGACGUCUCUGUGUGCUCAGCCGUUCCGCAGACGUUUCAGCGACAGGUGGUGUACACUAUCAACGGCAUCCAUCCGUACAAGCUGCUGAUCAAGGCAACGAUCACGCCUGUCCAGAUCAGAAUGUCCAGGGCAGACAUCAAUUUCCGCUUUGGUGAGGACAGUUUGGACAAGACUCUCACUGAGAAGCUGGUGCUCGACAACCCAGGCAACGCCCCGGCGAAGUUCAGCUGGCAGGGAGCGAACGCCUCCUUCUCGGUCUCCCCGGUGAGUGGCGUCAUCCCGCGGGGCGGCUCCCAGGGCAUCGAGGUGACCUUCACUCCACCAAACAGCGGUCAGCUCAUGGAGGGCUUCCUGACCUUGAAGGUCGAGGACGGCAACGACCACAGCCUUCGCUGCGUGGGCCAGGCGCCCGAGGCGACGCUGAACUUCGGGGUGAAGAGGUUGGACCUCGGAGUGCUGGCAGUGGGGCUGCCAGCCGAUCGAUCGAUUCCCAUCGUCAAUGGCGGCAAGACCGUGGCGGUCUACCACGUGGACAGCGUACCGGACGGAGUCGGCAUCUCGCCAAUGCGGGGCCGCGUGUCCCCGGAAGGGCGGGCGGAGCUCAUCGAUGUGCACGUACUCCUCGACAGGCCGAUGCAGCUCGAGAGCGCCGUGACGCUGAAUGUGCGUGGAGGCAAGCCUAUCCGACUGCCCAUCAUGGCCACGGCCGUGAACCCGAACAUCGAGUUCAUCGAGGACGAGAUCGAGUUCGGACAGCUCACCCUGGGGGCUCAAGGCAUGGUGCCGAUCUCCCUGAAGAACUCCUCCGCGGUGGAAGGAACUCUGUAUGUAAAUCUGCAGCCGUACCCAGAGUUCAGCCUCUCCCUCUGUGAAGAGCGGCCCGAGGCCUAUGAUGCGGACUACGACGCGGCCGCCCUCCAGCCCAUCUCUCUUCAGCAGUAUCAGCUUGCCAUCGGUGGCGUCACCGAGAAUCAAGCGGCUCCCUCUGCGGCGCUCACAGCCAAGCCUGGCCUCGGAGCUUCUCAGAACGCCACGCAGAUGGGCCCUCCACAGGAGGACGAGGAUGAGGAGGCGAAUUCGCAGGUCUACAAGAUCACGGUGCAGCCGAACUACACUCUGCACAUGCAGCUCACCUACAAGCCCACCGACCUCGGACAGCACUUCUUCGAGUUCCCCGUGAUGGCUGCAGGAGGUGGCAAGAGCGAAGGUCUGCGCAAGGUUGUCCAUGCUGAAGCUUUGCGGCCGCGCAUGCUCUUCAGCGCGACGGACCUGAACUUCAAGACCAAGGUGGUGGCAUCCGGCAUCCAGUCUGUGGCGUCAGUUCUGGAACUGGCUCUUCACAACGCAGAUGACUUCCCCAUCGAGUGGCGCAUUGACACCGAGCCCCUGAAGAAGUUCAUGGGGGUUUUCACGGUCGAUCCGCCCGGUGGCAUCUUGCAUCCGGCGCAGGACUGCCUCGUCCGAGCAGCAUUCAUGCCCAACGAGCCGGUGGAGUACAAGGCGAACAUGAACGUCUACAUCUCGCCACCUCGGGAUGCAGGCAAGACCGCUGAUGCCAGCAUGGCCUUGCCUGCGGAUGAGAGCAAGCCUUACCUCUCCCUGCGGAUGAAGGGCCAGGGCACGGUGCCCAAACUGACCUUCGACCGCCGCGAGAUCGUCCUGCCGAUCGUGCCCCUGGGGAUCAAGUCAAGGUGCUUGUUCUACAUUGUGAACGAGGGCUACGAGAGCCUCGACGUCAAGUAUCGGUUGCCGAACGAUCAGAUUCGCAUCCCGCUGACGAUCAACUUCCCGGAGGGGCAGCAGAUUGGAAUCACAAAGCCGAAGAUCCCCGUGGAAAUCUUCUUCCAGUCGAAUAAGCCGAUUUCCUUCUGCGCCAAGAUUGAAUUCCUGGACAACGAGUCAGGCUCUUACGUGCUGCCGGUGUCUGGGACCACCGAGAACUGCAUCCUGACAUGUCAUCACUACCUGCACAACAACACCGACUUCUACACCCUGGAGGGAGAGCCUGUCAUGUUGCAGGAGAAGGAGGACAACUCCAACGGAGAGCAGGGUGCUGCACCCUCCAUCAAGACGGGGAGUGUCUCACAUCAGUCGGUGGCCGGCUACGGGAAUCAGGACAUGUCCCAGGCGGACUUCUUGGUCCGAUGGCUGAACGGCAACAUUCUGAAGAAUCAGCUGGACCACUUUCCGCAGGAUUUGGUGAACUCCAACGGCCGGCAUUUGUAUGAAAUGAUCGAGUUCCUGUCGGGCAAGAUGGUGCCCAACAAGGCGGCUGCCCCGGCACCCCAGCGGAUGGACAACACGGGCUCCUCCUUCCGUGGCAACGACCGAGGUGCCAAGCAGAAGAGCCGCGAGAUGCAAAAGAUCCUGCAGCUCAUGCAGCAGUUCGAGGUGCUCCUGAACUUCUUGAAGCAGCACGGGGCCUUGCUGGCUUCCGUUCGGCCGGAACACUUCCUGUCGCACGAGAACUACUUGCGCUACCAGCAGAGCUUGAACGUCGGGAUCACGCGAAGGCAAGUCGACAAGAUGUUCUUCCCAAAGAGCAUGGAGGCUUGGAUGACCUGCCUCCUGCAGACGGUGAAGAUCUUCCUCCUGAACCGGAUCACGAGCAAGGCCUUCAAGACGCUGCCCGGCAUGACGGCGGAGAUGGACCACCCUGUUGGGGCGCCCGUGGGUGCGGAGGACCUGACCUCCGAGCAGCCCGAGAAGAAGCCCUCUUGCCCCGAGCUGCAGAGUGCCCUGGACACGAAGUUCCUGGCAGACUCCAACGUGUACAGCAUGGCUGAGUGCAUCCUCCUGCGUUGGUUGAACUUCCACUUCUGGCGCGCCAACAAGGGCAGAUAUCCACCACGGAAGGUCUGUUGCUUCGACACGGACCUCGAGGAUUCCAUCGUCUUGGCCGUGGUGAUCCAAAGCCACGUCCCGCACUGCCAGGCUGUGCAGAACAUGCGGGCGCAAUGCACCAGCUUGGAUCACCACGAGGAGAACGCGAUGCACAUCAUUGCUGCCCUGUCCGAGAUCGGGUUGGCUUUCCCCAUCCAGGUUUCAGACAUCGCUUCUCCACAGGCGAAGGACAUGCUGCUCUUUGCCAUGUUCCUGUUCCAGAACCUGCCCAACUACGUUCCGAAGACAACGAUUGUCUUCUCUACGAUGCUGGGAGUGAACAUGACGAAGAACAUCGAGCUUACAAAUCCUUCCAAGAAGGCCAUCACCUACCUCGUGCAGCUCGUGGGAUCUAGCGGUAAUGAUUUUGCCGUCAAGGAGGACACCAUCAAGCUGGAGCCAAGGCAGACCUUCUCUUACCCGGUGGAGUACUGCAGUCGCUUCUCCAGGCUUGUGGAAGACAAGAUCAUGUUCACGUCCAAACGAGAAGGAAAUGUCCACGCCGCUGCAAUGGUUUUCAAGUUGAGGAGCCGCUGCACCGGGCGGAAGCCCCGCAAGACGAUCAACGUGUCUGCAGUGCUGUACGAGGUUGGCACGGUCGAUGUGGAGUUGGAGAAUCCCUUCUCCGAGGACGCGGAGUUCACUGUGGCCCUCCGAGAGAGCACCGUCUGUGAUGCAGAGAAGAAUCCGGUUCCUUCGAAGCGAUGUGAGGGCAUGGAAGCCUUUUAUUUGAGCUCGACCCGUUGCCGGGUAAAAGCUGGAGCGACUGGCAAGUUGACCGUGUCCUUCUUGCCCUUUGAGGCGCCGGCGCACUUCACGGCCCUUCUGGGAGUCUUCGACUCGAAGGCCGGGGAGUACUACUACGAGCUGAUGGGCACCUCCUCUCCACCCUUGCCACUGGAAACCUAUAAGAUGCAAGUGAAGGCAGAGGCAUCGGGGACGAAGGACAUCAUCCUGCCGCUGCGAAACAUGCAGGUGGAGCGUGCUCGCACCUGGCUGCAGAACCGGGGCGCCGGACCUCCGAAUCCCCCGGACUACAUCAACUACGACGUGAAGGUCUCAUCGCCGUACUACAAUGCUCCGAAGCAGGUGAGCAUCUACAACGGAAAUGCUGCCGGUGGCAAAGGCGAGGGCAAAGGCCGCGGACCAGCGGCGGAUCGAUCCCAGGGCGGUGACGGCCGCAGACCCUCGGCGCAGGCCAGCCAGGUGGCCAAGCUGGUGGUGGAGUUCUGGCCCAAGGAGCCUGGCGUGUACCCUUGCACGGUGACCCUGACAUCGGAUGUGGACAUCCGCAUCUACCAAUUCGAGGGGACCGGCACAGCGCCCAACACGCACUGCUCCCUGACCUUCACCACGCAAGCUCGGAAACCGAUCACGCAGGAGAUUCCAAUCGUGAACCCAACGGACAGAGAAUGGGCCAUCAAGCCGACGUUCUCGCAGAUCGGACAUGAGUUUGACGGGCCCCGGGAAUUCUUCGCCAAGAAGAAGGGAGCGACCGGGCAGGCCACUGUGACGACCUAUCCGCUGACCUUCAAGCCCGAGUGGGUCUGCGAUGUAAAGGCGCAGCUGGUGCUGUACAACGUGGGUACCAACGAGACCUAUGAGUACGACCUGCAUGGUGUCGCAGAAGAGCCUUUGGCAGAGGAGCAUGUGGUGGUGAAGUGCGAGGCGCGGGAGAAGACCUCGCAUGUCUUCUCGGUGAAGAACCACUCCAACAUGACCGCCACUUUCGAGGUCGAGAGCGAUCUCGUCCAUAUCUCGGGGCCCUCUUCGAUUCAGGUGGAUGGCCGUGGCACGGGGGAGUACGAGCUAGUGUUCCAGCCGUUGCAGGCGGGCCAGGUCACAGGCUGCAUCAUGUUCCGAGACACUCACACUGGGCACUUCACGUGGUACACUGUCGAGCUCAUGACGCUGCCUCCGAAGCCGCAGCAACAGCUUACUUUGACAUGUGUGGUGCGACAGGCAGUGGCUGUUGACAUCCAGCUGGUGAAUCCUCUUGACGAUGUUGUGGUCUUCGAGGUGGCCCUGAACGGCGAUGGCCUCCUUGGUGAGGCGGAGUUCGUCUUGGCCCCGAAAGAGACAGCGACCUACGAGCUGGUCUUCAGCCCGCUUCUCCCAGCAAGGACGAAGGGCACCGCUGUCUUCUUCAACGAGGUGGUAGGCGAGUUCUGGUACGACCUGUCCCUGAUCGCCGAAGCGGCCCUUCCAGAAGAGAUCCCGUUGAUGCAGUGCGAGCUGGGCAGGACGGCGCAGACAACGGUGAAAGUAGACAACCCAACUGGCCAGGAGGUGGCUCUGAAGCAUCGCUCGACGAACAAGAUCAAUUUCAAGGUCAUGAACAACCGGAUCAUUCUGCCGCCUUUGGAGUCCACCGAGAUCACCAUUGAGUAUAGCCCGGCGUCUCUUGGUGUCACGGAGGAAGCGCAGAUUGUCUUUGAGCAUCCUUCUAUUGGAUCUUGGGUCUACAAGGCGCAAGGCCUUGGACUGCCUCCCCUGGAAGCGCGCAGCGUGACGGUGGCGGCGCAGGUGAACCGCACCGUGUCGUCGACCAUCCAGUUCAAGAACCCGUUCUUGGAGACGAUCACGAUUUUCAUCGUGCUCGAGUCCAAGAGCGAGAAGGGCGUCUUCAACUUGCUGAGCAAGAAGGCGAAGGUGCAAAUCGGACCGUUGGCGACAACGCAGAUUCCGUUCUCGUUCUGUCCGCCAACUAUGACUCAGCACACUGCAGAGAUUGCGCUUUCAGUGAUGAAGCCGAACCUUACGUGGUCUUACCGUGUUCAAGGUGUCGCAGAAGCUCCGGCGGAUCCUACCCUGCACACUUUCACGGUGCAAGCGCGCGAGUCCUUGCAGACCACCUAUGCUCUCACUCUGAUCGGCCUGGAUACCACGCCUGGAGACAGGCAUGGCGAUCAGCUCUCAUGCCAAUUGGAAGUGCCACCGCAGCAUCAGGCCAUGGUCUCCAAGUGCUUUGACAUCAGCUUGGACAGCGAGGCGCCGGUGCGAACAGCUUCCAGUCAGGCGUCCAAGGCACGUUCUGCCAGGACGGCCGAUGGGCAGGUGAUGCUGAAGGUGAAUUUCAGUCCCUUACGGCCUUUUGUGGCCCUCUGCAAUUUGGUCAUCACCCGGGCCUCCGGCGGCCGUUGGCGCUUCGACCUGAAGCUGGAAGCCACCGAGCCGGAGGUGGACGACAUAAUCUCAAUCCAGUCGCCUCUGAACAAGCCGGCGAGUGUGGCUUUCAGGUUGAACAACCACACCAGCGUGUACUCCGAAUUUGAAGCGUUCUUCGACGCGGAGUCUGCGUACGAGUUCACAGUGCAGCCCACGGCAGGAGUCCUGGAGCCAGCAGGGACGAGUGGCACCACUUUUGUGGUGACGUACAAGCCCACGGAGUAUGGCAAGCCUGUCCAGGGCAAGCUAAUCAUUCAGACAGAGGAUGUGUUCUGGUCCUACCUUGUCAAGGGCACACACCCGAAGUAUAGUGCCCCAGUGGUGGACAAGCCGAAGGUAGCAACCAGGCUUACGAGGGAGAUGGAGGCGCAGUUGCAGAAGGCCUCCCAGAGUCGACGGAAGAAUUUCAUCAAGGAGAACAUGCGCGGAGGAGGGCCGAGAGAAUGA